AUCCGGCGAGCGAUGUCCAGAGGUUGCGCCGGCCGGGCGGCCAGGGCCCCGGCACCCGCGCUUUGGCCCCGCGCUGGGUACCGUCGGGCCGGGGUCAGGCCGGGGCGGCAGAUUCUAGCUGCGGUUCCUCCAAGCCCGCCCUCUCCUGACCUCUCUCUCGCCAGGCGGGGUCUGGGUCCGCGGGCGCUGGGGCGGCUGCGCGCGGAGCCCCUCCCCCAGCUGCUACCCGCUAACUCUGUUCUUCCCCCGACACAUGGUUCCACUCAGGGACCCCUGCCCCCUGGGGAGCCGCUUUAGGGGGUGGCGGGCGGAGGGGAGGUGGGUGAGGGGCGGAAGUGGCAAGACCCAGAGCAACAGGAAAUGACUUAGGGAAAGUCCCAACCACAGCCCCCAGCCCCCUGCUUGUAAACACCCCCACCCCCACCCUGCGGGCUGGGGAAAGGCUUGUGGGGCCCUCCCAACCGACUUCCCCUUGCAGAACGCACCGGGUGUCUCGUCUCCACUCGGGGACUCCAUCGCCUCCAACGAGCCAUGUUCCAGGCUGCAGGAGCCGCCCAGGCCACCCCUUCUCACGAAGCCAAAGGCGGCGGUGGCAGCAGCACGGUUCAGCGCUCCAAGUCCUUCAGUCUUCGGGCCCAGGUGAAGGAGACCUGCACUGCCUGCCAGAAGACCGUGUACCCCAUGGAGCGGCUGGUGGCUGACAAGCUCAUUUUCCACAACUCUUGCUUCUGCUGCAAGCACUGUCACACCAAGCUCAGCCUGGGCAGCUACGCCGCACUGCACGGGGAAUUUUACUGCAAACCCCACUUUCAGCAGCUGUUUAAGAGCAAAGGCAACUACGACGAGGGCUUCGGCCGGAAGCAGCACAAGGAGCUCUGGGCCCACAAGGAGGUGGACCCUGGCACCAAGACAGCCUGAGGCCCCUCUGACUGUCCACUCCCUCCUCCCUCCUUAGAGGGUCUGGAGCAGGCGUGGGAAGGGUGGGGAAGAGAUUGGCGCGAGUGGGGGCAGGGUGGGAAGGGGAUGAGGCCCUCUUGCUCAGGCAGAGGGUUUCCGGUGUAGGGCUCUGCUCCAGGAUUCCCUCCUUCUCCCUCAGUGGGUGGGGGUUUGGGAACCAGGAUUGGGGUUUGCUUACCACCCUGCUUCCUGCUUCUUUCAGCCUGCCCCAACUCACCCCAUGGCCUCCUGGGAGGCCCCCAAGCCCAGCUUCCCUAUCUAGGUGCCUUUUCUCCAGCAAGGAGUCAGCAUGCCCCCCUCAGGGUCCCAAGCUCCCUCACUGCCACCAGGGGCCCUAUGCGGCCCCGUCUCCCCAUCUACCUCUGCCCUUAGCCUGGUCCUGAGCCAUGGAAACUGGAGGAAGGUGAGCCAGUAUGUCGUCUGCCGGGCCUCACUGAAUGCCCACCAGGACCCUGAAGGGGAGGGGAAGGGAAGUGGAGCAGCCCUGCUGCCCUGAAAGGCAAGGCAGGAUGUGCCCAGUGGGGCUUGGGACCAUCUGGCACCGCUGAAGUCAAGCAGAAGCUAAAGCACCCACCAGGCUGAGAGCCACAGAGACUGGUGGGGGGCUGGCGGGGCCACGCUCCCCUCUUUUCCCAUUUCUUCUGGUUGUGACUGUUGUGAUCAACCCUGUUUUAAACAUAUUUCAACAGA